CCGAGUACCGAACACUUCGCAGGCGCGUUCCAUCUUUCUCUUCGACUUUAUUUCUCGUUGUUUCAAACACUCGAUCCAUCAUGACUUCUCGAGGACCAUCUUUCGAUUCGGAUUGCAUGACUCUAACGCGUUUCGUUUUAGCAGAACAGAGAAAAGUGCCAACGGCGACCGGCGAUUUGUCGCAACUUCUUAAUUCCAUACAAACAGCUGUGAAAGCCGUCAGCUCCGCCGUGCGAAAAGCCGGCAUCGCCAACAUGUACGGGAUCGCCGGUAACACGAACGUGCAAGGAGAAGAAGUGAAAAAGCUCGACGUGUUGAGCAACGAGUUGUUCAUCAACAUGCUCAAAUCGUCGUACACGACGUGUCUCCUCGUGAGUGAAGAAAACGAGCAAGUUAUCGAAGUGGAGACCGACAAGCAAGGCAAGUACAUCGUUUGUUUCGACCCCCUGGACGGUUCUUCGAACAUCGACUGUUUGGUUUCGGUCGGCUCGAUUUUUGGUAUUUACAAGAGAUUCGAAACAUCGACGAAGCCGACGCUCGCCGAUGCUUUGCAAAAAGGUCGUCAGCUGGUCGCGGCUGGUUACGCUCUCUACGGAUCCGCUACGAUGAUCGUCCUCGCUAUCGGCCAAGGUGUCAAUGGCUUCAUGUACGAUCCGGCACUCGGAGAGUUCAUUUUGACUGAACGGAACAUGCGCUUACCGAAGAGAGGAAAAAUCUACAGCAUCAACGAAGGCAACGAAGCCACGUGGGACUCGGCGAUCAAAGAAUACAUUCAAUCAAAGAAAUAUCCGAGCAGCGGAGCGGCGUACGGAGCGAGGUACGUUGGCUCGAUGGUUGCCGACGUGCAUAGGACCAUUAAAUAUGGUGGGAUAUUUCUGUAUCCAGGAUCGAAGAGUAACCCGAAUGGCAAACUUCGCCUGCUCUACGAAUGCAUCCCGAUGGCCUACAUCAUCGAACAAGCCGGGGGAUCAGCGACUUCCGGUGAAAUGGAGAUUCUGGACAUCGAGCCAAAGGCCAUACACGAGCGAUCGCCCAUUAUAUUGGGAUCGACUGACGACGUCAAUGACGUACUCGAUUACAUUCGAAAGAGCAAAAACGUAUGCUGAAAACCUUCCGUCAACCAGAAACGUCGUGAUUAAUCGAAACUUCUCGUCGCUUGGGCCUCUGACAAGUUUGAAUAAAUUUUAAAAUUCUAUCAA